UUGAAUUGUACACACAUUUACUCUACUGUGAACAGGUGACCAUGUAAUGACCCAUUUAAGCAAGAGUCAGACAGAGAGGGUUAUUUCAUAUGCACACAGACUCAAAACAUAAAACAGAAGCAUGAAUAAGAUUUUGGCCAUCUUAAGUUUAACUGUAUUUCUCUGCUGCUGUGCUGUGCAGAGUGCUGAACUAUCAAAUGAUGAAAAAAUCAUCAACUCUGGGACUGUAGUCUUUUUAGACUUCCUGGAGAAAGUCAGAAACACGACAGAGAAAUUUGUGAGAGAUGAUCAGUUCAGAAAAGCAAGGAUCAGUGUUCUAGACUACAUGAAAAAAUUAAGAGAGCUUGCAAAAUCACUGAAAACUGGUGAGAGUAGGGAGAGCCGGGAUGAUUCAUCUCGAAUACCAACAGUUUUUUUGGCAUCUACUGGUGGUACAUUUCUGGUAACAUUUAAGGAUGUCUUUGACAGGUUUUUCGUACCUUAUAGGAAGAUGUACCGUGAGGCUGUAAAGAGUGAGACAAUUCCAGACAUCUGGAACGAAGUGGAGUCGUACUAUCUUCCAGGAGCUCCUCCAUUCUACCGUAAACCAAUGCAGUUCUUCAGUCACCUUCUGGCUAAGGCAUUGGUGAAGUCCCAGCUGGUGAACAUGCUUGAAGCUGGGGUGAAUACUGUUGUGGAGAUUGGGAAAAUUGACUUUAACCAACUUCAUGAGGAGGUGCAGAUGGUUCUGGAUCAGAUUAGAAAGAAAGCCUUUGAAAUUUCAGUUUUUGAAAGACAAAAAGAGAAGAAUGAUUUCCUUGUAUCAUUAAGAACUGCAUCUGGACUGAUUGUUUUUUACUGGGAUAAAGUUUUGGAACACACUGAAAGCCCAUCAUUCCAUGCAAAGUACAUGGAUUCUAGGAAGUAAGACGACAGUCCAGUU